UCUCCUUUUUCUCAUCCGCAGCGCACCUGUUACCUCUACAGAGCGCACGAUCAUGAUUCCUCCGGGAGACUGCAUGUAUGCCGGCAGAAAGAGGAGGAAGCCCAUCCAAAAGCAGAAGCCGUCCUCCUCCAGUGAGAAAACCAACCCGUCCAAGAGGCACCGGGACAGGCUGAAUGCUGAGCUGGACCGGCUGGCCAGCUUGCUGCCGUUCCCCCCGGAUGUCAUCUCCAAGCUGGACAAGCUGUCCGUGCUGCGCCUUGCAGUUUCCUACCUCCGCGUCAAGAGUUUCUUCCAAGGAAACCCAGAUACCAAGAUCUCCAGGAAGCACAUCAUCAGUAACACAUCCUCUAACCCUGAACCCAGGAAAGAGAGCCUUCCAAUGGGAACCGCCGUUAAUGAAAGCGGCCUCCUCCUGGAGUCUCUGACAGGAUUUGCCUUGGUGGUGAGCAAUGAUGGGAUGGUCUUCUAUGCCUCCUCAACCAUUGUGGACUACCUGGGAUUUCAUCAGACUGAUGUGAUGCACCAGAAUGUGUUUGACUACAUCCACAUAGACGACCGUCAGGAGUUCAGACGCCAGCUCCACUGGGCCAUGUGUCCUCCACAGCACCAGGGAACGUCGGCACACCAGGAUAGCCAGCUUGCUGCAGGGGCUGGUGAGGACUUUGUCGUGAACAGCCUGUUCCAUGCUCCAGAGGCAGGGGGAGUUCCCACUGACCUCUCCUGCUUUCUGAACAGAUGUUUCAUAGCCAGAGUCCGAUGCCUCUUGGACAGCACCUCUGGAUUCUUGACCAUGCAGUUCCAGGGUCGGUUGAAGUUCCUUCACGGGCAGAAAAAGAAGUCAGGCUCUGGGGCUUUGAUGCCUCCCCAGUUGGCUCUGUUCUGCAUAGGUGUACCCCUCCUACUGCCCUCCAUUACUGAGAUGAAAAUGAAGAACAUGUUAAUGCGAGGAAAGAACAAGGCCAGCGGAGGCGGUGUUAUCUCUUCACUAGAGCAUGGUGAGCGAGGGGAGCACCUCCGGAGGCACUCCCUGAGUGGAGGAAUGGGUGAUGUUGCAGACCCUCUCCUCCUCUCCUGCCCCAUCACUGGCGGUACACAACGAGGUCACCACACUCCCUGGACCCCUCUCUCCAAAGACAACCUCAAGUACCGCCCUGAUGGUUACUACAACCAGGAGGAGCCUCUCAACUACUGCAAGUCCUCCAUGGAUCCCCAUAAAGGUCUCAGCCCAGGCCUUGGUGGUGGCUGGCCCAUGAGGCCAAGCUCAGGCCCCCUCAGAUCAGGCCAGGGUGUUGGCUACAUCCCCUCUAACCGCCUGAACAAGGCUGGGCAAUAUGGGAAACCAUACCGCCUUUCCCCCAGCUGCCACAGCGGCAGAAAUGGUGAGGUGUUUGUCUCUAAGCUCUACGGUAGCCUCCAGAUUCCAUCGGAUCCAGAUGCUUACUGCGUGGACCUGGUGAAGAGCGAGAACGGCUACGGCGAAUGCUACGACGGUCAUCUGAUGUCCGAGAUGCCAUCCAUCAAGGUGGAGCAUGACUCGGACUCAGAGAACGGCUGUGAUGCCUACGGGCGACCCUGGGGUUGCCGUGACCCAGAUGCCAUGGACCGUCGCUAUGGUAAUGGGGUAUACGACCAGAGCACUGGCCUCCAGCUCAAAUCAGAGCCCGAAUAUUAUGAUCCGCAGUACUCGCCCUGCCAGCGGGGGAAAGCAGGCAUCAGCCCACCGUACAACAACGGCAACUAUCAGAACUAUGCAGUCAACAACGGUGGACACAACGGCGGACGUCUGUUAAAGUGUGACAAAGACUUGGGCAAUAACACCAACAACAGCCAGUUCAGUCCUCAGAGACUCUCUCACUCAGACUCUCUAUGCAGCAACCAAACUGUCAACCUCAUGGACACGCACGUCUACCCACAAGAGCCUCACAAGGCCUAUAUGCACCAGGACUACAACAAGCACGGCACCUAUGAGUUCAAAGGUCACGGCCUGAUCCAUUCAAUCAAGCGGGAGCCCAUGGACUCCCCACCGUGGCCUGAGACCGGUCACGACAUGAGUCAGUCAAUGAUGGUCGGUCCAAGGAACGUUAUGCCGUGUGCGAUGAGUACAGGGCCCCAUAAAUCCAGUCCUUACAUCUAUAUGCCGUAAGAGUGAAUUUGGUGCAUUACCCACACCAUAGAUUAUCACCUGCCCCCCAUCAUACAUACACACAUACACAACAAUCAGUGUGCAUUAUAGUACUUUGUAUUAUUAUCGUUUUCAUAAACAUGCACCAGCAUUACGAUAGGACAGUCUUCAUAUCGAGGAUUCCCAGGAUGUCAACAUUUAAAGUACUUCUUCAAUUUGACGAAGAGGUCACA